UGUGUAAUAAGUGGUGGAAGCGCAGCUAAUUUGUGACGUAAAAUUAUAAGCAUAACAAUCACAAAGGAAUAAGUUCCUUGCAUGAUGAAACAUAUCAAAUCGCUCCGCGUAUGUUUGUGAAUUGAUAAGAUUUGUAGAUACAAAUUUUGUUUACAUUCAUGCUCAGUUAGGGGGCGUCGUGUUUUGUUUUGUUACACAGCUGACUUGAUGUCAUAGGGUGCCAGAAGAACAAAGAAAUCAGCAUAAGUUUGACUGUUGAUCACUGACUGUGAGGUGCACAACUUAAUUGGAAGUUUUGUGAAGGAGAAGAAGGAAAAGUUGUCUUUAAUCCAAAUUAUAUUGAAGUGUAUUAAUUGAAAUAAGAAGGAUGGAAGGUGGUGGUAAUAUCCAAGAGGCUAAUUCUACUGUAGAGAAUCAGGAUCAAGAUGAAGAGUCCCAAAAUCGUGGUUGUUAUUAUUCUUGUUAUGACCCUAGAGGAACUUGCCACAGAUUCAUUGCACUCUUUUUCAUGUGCUUCUUAGGAUUUGGUUCAUAUUUCUGUUAUGAUAACCCAGCAGCAUUGAAGUCUGAAUUUGAGAAAGAUUUAGGCUUAUCUGAUACAAAAUUUAAUUUACUAUAUUCUUUGUACUCAUGGCCAAAUGUUGUGUUAUGCUUUGUAGGUGGAUACCUUAUAGACAGGGUUUUUGGAAUAAGAUUAGGUACAAACAUUUUCAUGCUCAUUACAUUGAUGGGGCAACUUCUGUUUGCUGCUGGUGCAUUCUUUAAUACAUUUUGGAUAAUGGCUGCAGGACGAUUUCUAUUUGGUAUUGGAGGUGAAUCAUUGGCUGUUGCUCAAAAUAGCUAUGCUGUCCUUUGGUUUAAAGGAAAGGAACUGAACAUGGUUUUUGGACUUCAACUGAGCCUUGCCAGGAUUGGCAGCACAGUCAAUUUCUGGGUUGUUAAACCAAUUUACGACUUCGUUGACGAUUAUUAUCUUGGAUUUCAAUGUCUCGGAAUUGUUUUGUUCAUUUCUACAGGAACAUGCUUGAUUUCGAUGGUUUGCUCAAUGAUUUUGGGAUGUUUGGAUAAGAGAGCUGACAGAAUUUUAAGGAGAAAUGAACAUUCUACAGGCGAAGUAGUUAAACUUAGCGUUGUCACAGAAUUUCCAAUCACGUUUUGGUUAUUGAGUGUGGUUUGCGUCGCAUAUUAUGUAGCAAUUUUCCCAUUCAUUGCUAAUGGACAGGGAUUUUUCAAAGAAAAAUGGCCUGAGGUAGAUGCGAAUACAGUGAACAGCAUCAUCUACUUAAUAUCAGCUUUUGCGUCCCCGAUUUUAGGUUUCUUAGUAGACAAAACCGGGAGGAAUGUCCUUUACGUUUUCAUUUCCAUCCUGGCCACUAUUGCUUCACAUUCACUACUUACUUUUUCCACAUUGAAUCCUUAUAUCGGAAUGUCAUUUAUGGGAUUAUCGUAUUCGUUGCUAGCUAGUGGGCUGUGGCCAUUGGUAGCCUUGAUAAUUCCGGAGCAUCAAUUAGGCACUGCCUAUGGAAUAUGUCAAGCGGUACAAAAUUUGGGUUUAGCAGUUAUAUCGAUAUUAAUUGGAUACAUUGUCGACACUUACGGUUAUUGGUGGAUGGAAAUAUUCUUCUGUUCUUGUUUAACAGUCUCACUGUUAGCAAUUAUUGCCGUCUGGUUGGUGGAUUCUUCCAGAGGAGGUUUGUUAAAUAUGUCGCCAUCGAAACGGGAACAACAUCAGCAAGAAUUAUUGGCUGCCAGUAUAUUAGAGAGUGAGAAACUGUUGGCGGCGGGGGUUUCCAAUUCGAUGGAGGAAUCCAAUGAUUUUUUACAGACGAACUCUGAUUUUCAUAUACGCAACAGAUAUCUGUCCAGAAUUGGAGCGACGCUCCAUGACAAUCAAACAUAUACCUAUUAAUAUUGUGUGACGAGUUCCUUUCUUAUUAGUAUUAAAGGUAAACAAUGUUGUUUUCGUAAGUUUUUACGAACACACGAACGUCGGGCAUUCUAUGGGUACUUGAUAUUUGACAGAUCGCGAAAGUUAAACAACGCACGUCCAAGCACUAUCGGACAGGUGACUCAGUACUAUUUGCGUAACGCAACUGUAGUAUUAUAAUGUAUACACAUUUAUUCAUAUGGAGAUAUAAUCAUCGAAACUAGAAAUAUAUUUAAGGAAUCUAUAUUUACACUUUUUUUUAAGAAGCAAAUUGUUUUUUUUUAAUUUACGUAUUAAUUAUUUUAGUAUACAAAUGCUCAACAAUGAACAACUUGUUUAUUUUAUAUAUUGUAAUUGGUAAGAAAUGACAUAUAAGAAGUAUAAGUAAUAUUUUAUGCAAAUAAUUUUAUUCAUUGAAAACUAGGUGAGAACUGGUAUGCGAUUAAGUGCAAAAGUAUAUAAUUAUAUUUGCAUUUAAAUAUAAAUAAUGUGUGAUAUGUAAGGUGAUAUUUAAAGAUGUAUUUAACUUUAGUUGCACUGUGCAUAUUUAGAGUUUAUAUAGUUUAAUUAUAACAAAUCGUUCUCACUGAUGAUGCAAAUCUUGCAUAUACAAUAUAAUACAACUAGAACUUAAUUUGACUAUUAUUUAAGACUUAUAGUAUAUUUUUAAAUGAUUUAAAUUAGUCUCAAAAGAAAAAUUAACUAUUUUUCUAAACCACCAUUUACUCUAUUAUCGAAUGUACUUGUAAAUUCGUGUUAUUUUAGUGGAAUUAUUAUUAACUGAUUAUUACAUUUAUAUC